AUGGGGUAUAAGACUCUCCAAAGUGCACUCGAAAAUAUUGUAGAUUUGCUAAAAAGCAGCAAAAUACAAACAAUUGGAGUGUCUGGAAUGAAGGGCGUGGGGAAGACAGCACUGAUGCAGAACCUAAAUAACCAUGAUGUUGUUGCAGAGAUCUUUGAUAUAGUCAUAUUUAUUAGCCUCUCAGCUGAUCACACAGAUCACGAGCUUCAAUGUAAAAUAGCAAAGCGAUUGAAGGUGGAUACUGAAGUCAUCAAUGAUCCCGAGGAAGUUGCGAGAAUAAUACAUGAGGAGCUGCAAACUAAGAAGUAUUUGCUGAUUUUGGAUGGGGCAGCGGAUGAGAUCAACUUGGGUCAGCUGGGAAUACCAUGUAAUGACAAUCACAGUAAGGUGAUAAUAACUGCUCAACAUCGCCAAGUUUGUACCUUGAAUGGAGCAGAAAGGAUGAUAGAGGUAGGCCUGUUAUCCCGGGAUGAGGCAUGGAAGAUGUUCUGUAACACUGUAGGUCCUGUGAUUGGUCUCCCGGACAUUCCAGAGAUAGCUCGGCGCGUAUGUGACAAGUGCUCUUGUCUUCCCCUUCUGAUACAAAAGAUAGCACGCUCUUUCAGAUUGAAAAAGAGUGCUUCCAGCUGGAGGGUAGGACUGGAAGAUCUUGAAGAACGAUGGCCAGAUUAUGAGAAUGAAGGCGUAAGUGAGUUGUACUCAUUCUUGACGUUCUGUUAUGAUGAAUUGAAAGAUGAAAACAAACAGAAAUGCUUUCUGUAUGCUUCAUUAUACCCUGCCAAUUGUAAGGUUUAUACUGACUAUUUGGUGGAGUGUUGGGCUGCUCAAAACUUCCUUGGUGAUAUUAACAACACAAGGAAAUAUCAAAAGGCACGUGAUCGUGGUCAGGCGAUAUUGGAACAUCUUACUGAUGUCUCUCUUCUGGAUAGAGGAAAACAGAUGAUAUAUGUUUCCAUGAAUGAUUGUAUGCAACAACUUGCUUUGCAUAUAUCAUCUAAGCACCCUGAAUGUAGUUCUUAUGUCCAAACUAGAGAGAAACUUGAUGAUGCCCAAGAAUCAUUAUCAUGGGAGAAGGCUAGAUGGGUAUCAAUGAUAGACACUAAUCUGAAAAAUUUGCCAACAAACCAAGAUUGUAGCAUGCUUUUGAUGCUAUUGCUGCAGAAGAAUCCAGACUUGUCUACGAUCCCACAACUGUUUUUCAAGAAACAUAUGAGAAGUCUUCUCGUGUUGGACUUGUAUGGCACUGGAAUUAGGUGGUUACCAUCAUCGAUGUCAAAGUUGACAGGUCUUAAAGGGCUCUAUCUUAAUCACUGUAAGCAUCUAAGGCAGUUACCUCCUGCUAUUGGAACACUUGUACUUCUUGAGUUCCUCGACAUUCAGGGUACUCAGAUAAGUUUCAUUCCAUCUCUUAUUGGGUCCUUGAUCAGUUUAAGAUGCUUGCGUGUCCCAUACAUCAGAAAUGGCGAACAAAAUGGAGAUCAAACCAGUGAUCUUGAUCCUCGUGCAAUUUCAAGGCUUACAAAAUUAGAAGAAUUGGUCAUUAAAGUAGUUUCCUAUGAGGAUUGGUGCAGUAAUGCAGAAAAUGUGAUGGCGAUGUUGGCUUCUUUGGAACAUCUAACCAACCUCCAGUGCAGCUUUCCCUCUUCCGAAAUUCUUGACAGAUUUCUAAGAAGGAGAUCCGGAAGGCAAUUUACUUCGUUCCAAUUCUUUGUCGGAUGUCCAAACUCAAAACAGCCUCAAAUUCUGGAGCCUUUUGAGUAUAGGAUCUGCAAAUACAUAAGGUAUGACAAUAGCAAGCAUGAGAAUACUUUUUCAGUAAGUGAGAUACUUCCUCAAACCCAUGCAGUUGAAUUGGUACACUUCAAUGACAUUGAAGAAAUAUCAGAAGUUGGAAAAGAAAACUUGGAGCAAAUCCGCGGUCUUUCACUCGAGGAAUGCAAUGGAAUUCAUACCCUUAUAGCAGGUAAUGAGAAUGGUGCUAGAGAUGAAAGCACCCUGCCAAAUCUAGAGCAAUUGCUGUUAAACAAAUUGCUUUUACUGAAUUGUGUGUUUCAAGGUCCUCUGAAUCCUGGAUCCCUUUCCAAAUUAAAGGUUUUGACAUUGAAGAAUUGCCCACGUUUAAGAACCAUUUUUCACAAUCGGGCUAUUCAAUACCUCUCAGAACUUCAGAAACUGGAAAUUCACAGCUGCAUGGAAUUAGAAGAACUUAUAGUCAUAGAGAUCGGUGAGGAAGUUCUUCCAAAACUGGAGGUGCUGCUGCUAGCUAACUUGCCAAGAUUCCAAUUUAUAUGCACAAAUACGAUAUUGAGAUGGUCCUCUCUAGAGCAAGUAAAUGUAUACAGGUGCCCUUUGUUGAAAUUUUUACCCUUUUGCAAGGACAAGGAAACAAACCUAAGAUCCAUUAGGGGUGAACAAGGAUGGUGGAAUGAGUUGAUGUGGAGACACAAAGCUCAAUACCAAGACAUAUUUCUACCCUUGAGUGAGCUUACAUUUUAG